CUUGUCGUAUAUCAAUCCCCGCCCGUCCCGUCCGCUCUUGGGCCCUGGUGUCGACACGUUCUCCCUCACGUCACAAAAGUUGCAAACAGUGCUCACCACCACACAAUCACGUUGCUGUAGGCCGUCGCAGCUGCAGCUUCACUGCCUCAGACGCAGCUAUUCCACCCGAGCACAUCAUCAAAGGGGACCCCCUGAGCCUUCUCGCCACGCCCAGCCAUGGCCUUCGCCGAGAUUGCCGGCAUGAUCCUUCGUGCCGCGGAGCUGGCCUUUGCCGCCAUCGUCGCUGGCAUCAACGGCAGCUACCUCCACGACAUGGAUAGGCUCAACGUCGACUCGUGGUACCUGUCUCGCUUCAUCUACACAGAGGUCGUUGCCGGCAUCUCCAUCUUCUUUGCCCUCAUCUGGCUCAUCCCCUUCUCCGGUUCCUUUAUCCACUACCCCUUCGACCUCCUCGUCUCAAUCCUGUGGUUCGCUGUUUUUGGCCUUAUCGUCAAUUACCUCAACGGCACCUGCGGCUGGGUCUUCAACUGGACCGACAUCAACUGGACCGACGUCACUGUCGUCGGCAACAACCUCUGCAGCCACCGGAAGACCGUCAUUGCAUUCUCCUUCCUCUCAGCCAUCUGCUGGCUCGCCUCGUUCAUCGUUGGCAUCAUCUGGGUGCGCAACCGCACCACUCGCCGUUACGAGCGCCGCCACUGGCGUGGUUCGCGCGUCUAAGCGAGCCGGGCAAUGAGCGACAGUGCAUCGCCUAGACCGUCCCCGUAGUCUUUGGGCAAUUGGUCUGGCCGAACGCUCUCUCGUUGUCUCCGAAUGCUAGAGAUCUGAGUGCGCGUUCCCAUCAAGCCGACUGCGUCAUGCUGGCCAUCAAGCUCGGGCUGGCACCGGCUGUGAAUAACAAAGCCAGAAGAACAGGUUUCAUAUCUUUGCUGAUUUCUU